UCUAACUACACUAAAAGCUGAAACACACACAAAUCCCUGGGCACCUCGGAAUUUCCUUUGAGUGGUUAUAUAAUUGUUGCUUUUUUGGCUUGAGAAGCAGUACUACUCUUGCAUAUGAACUCCAUUCAUUUUCAGUUAAUGCAGAACUACUGGUACUUGAUGCCUAACUAGUGCUGCAGAGGAAACAUCCUCAGUUAUUGAAAGGAGAUUUCUUUUGUUGUCAGCAGGGAUUCACCAUAUGUUGGAUGAUCUCUUUGGAAUCUGCUCUAAAAAGGCCUAGUCAGUUUCGGCUAACUAGACAGUUGGCUGCUCUUCAGUUCAAGAAGUUAUCUUUCAGCUUUGCUUGUUAGGGCUUGAGUAUUCUGAUACCUAAUGAAAGGAUCGUAACAGGAGCCUUUAUUAGCUGUUAUGUACGACUCUUGCCACUGCAAUCUGUGGCUUUACAUUGGUCGGGUUAAAUAUGAAUCUCCUCUUUCUUUCAAGCAGAGCGGAUGCUGGAGGAUAUCUAGAUGUGUCUGGUGUGCGGAUAACAAAGGACGUCUCCUUGUCGGCAUUCUUGCUCACUGCACGUUUCUCAUGCACGCCAUGACCUUUGAAGACAAAUUCCAUCGGGGUAUAUCCCUGGUCGUUUCAGUUGCACGUGUUGUUGAAUUAAUAACAUAAAACUUAUCACCUCAGAGUUUCAAGUCUUCUAAUAACACGACAUAGCGGUGGUUUACAGGGCCAGGUUGGGAUCAGUCAUCACCAGGCUCAGGGGGUUGACCGAAUACUUUUUGGACUUGUCUCCUUCGGCUACUGUGAUUACUUUGGCAUAGGUUAUAUACUACAGGUGAUUCCGGUUCCCCCUUUUCAGAAGAGGCAGCAAAAAUAUCCUUGAUUGGAUGACAUAUUCUAUAUAUUUUCUUACACUGCAAACAACAUGCCUAUUCGUCUUGACUCUUUCUGAGUGCAUUUCCGGAUUGCUCUACACCAACCCCGCCUCGCCUCGAAAAUGGAAUUAAUUCCAGAUAACUUCAGUUCGUGGGUAGCCGAAGCGAGAAAGAACAACGCCCUCCAUUUGAAGGACAGUGGCUGGAAGUCUGCUUCAAAAUUUGACCGGCCGAGUUAUCUCUCACUCAGAACUGUCUGGAAAACCAAAUACCAGUCAAAUUUUAGUCCCAAAAAUUGGGGCAUCACCCAGACUACUCGUGCGCGCAAACUACUUGAGAAUAUAUCUGGUUGGCCACUCUACUUAGAUCAUGUUGAUAAACGUGACAUCCCUUCAACUCUUUUACAGAAGGACACCAGACGUGAAGGUGAUUGCUCUGUCUCUGUCUUAGAGCAAGAACUACGUAGACUUGACAUUCAGCGAGAACAGGAGACAACGCCCGAGCCUCCCAUCGAUCGCAUGUCACCCACCUCACCGAUCUCAUCUGAAUUAGCCAAUGGCCUUUAUCCUCCAGUGAUAGAUGAACAGAUUGUCAACACCGCUUUGAUAAUAUUUUUGAAUGCCAUCUCAAUUGAAUGCUAUGGUAUGGAAGCUGAAUGGCCUUUGCACCGGAAAUCAUUCAAAUUUGGCCAACACUUCGAGGCCGAAACAGAUGGCCAUCUUUCCAUUUUUGAUAAAAAGGGAUCACUGUCAAGGGCGAUAGUGGAGGUGAAACCAACCCCAAAUUAUAUAUCAAGAGACUGCAGAGAUGGCGGCAUGGAUUUUUGAGGAGCCAGACAAAGAAAACAAAGACAUCUACGGUAUGUAUAUUCCCGCUGACAUUCGCUAAUGUUUACUGAACGAAAAUCCUAUUUAGUCGCGUCCUAGUGUCUCAGGACCAUAUGGAAAUUUACCUUACAAUCGCAGAGUAUGACAAUGGCUAUGUGAAAUAUCUUCGCGGGGAGAAUGAUGAGAAGGAUGAGAUAUCCCUGAUGAAGAUGAAUCAGUUCGGGCCAUGGCUAUUGAAGUGUCAAGACCAUGUGAAGCAAUUUGCA